GUUUUUGGGACUGGAAGGUUGAAGUCUAGCGGCAUCUGGCGCCAAAGAGCGGGAGGCCGGGAGCCCCCUGUCAUUUAGCCCACAUCCCGUCAGGCCUGGCUUGUGGUCUGAAUGCAACUGAAGAGAGAAGGAACAACCCAAAGUGCCCAUCCAGUCUUUGCCUCUGUCAAUCUCACCUUCUCAACUUUCAACUCAACUCGCCAGUCCAGUUUAUCGAUCCGGUCACUCGUUCACACAACCCCUAGUCAUUCGUUCUCGGCCUCUUGUUCUUGCGUAUUUUGCCAUCACCACUUCGUCCAACAACAUCGAAUCCGCGUCCACUCAGCAGACAUCAAUGAAUUCGCAGCAAGAGAGAUUCGCUUUGUUCGCUUGGCCACGGUGAUGGCGACGGCAUCAUCAUCUCGACAGACGCCGGCCACCUGGAACUGGAGUGCGACGACGCUGAAAACGACGAGAUCAAGACCUCAUCUCUUGGUGUUGCUCACGCUGCUCAUCAUUCCCUCAUUUCUGUCUGCGGGCACCGCAAGCGCACAAUGUGGAGCCGACUUUGGAUUUCCCACGGAGAAACUGCGAGUCUUCUCUCUGGACACCAUCAACGUCACAUAUACUUCGACCUUUAACAAGCCGAGUCUCGCCUGUUGGUGUGGCACUUCAACCGAGAAGGAAAAGAAAUUCACGGUCGACCAUGCAACCCCUGGUAAUGGAACCACUUCCUUUCCAUUGAGUUUUUCUUCGACAUAUCCUUGCUGGUUCGAGCUUCAAGCCGAUUCUGGCGAUUGCAGAGCCGAAAGCCCAAAGUUCUUCAUUUUCGCCAAGGACCGCGAUCCCGACAGUCGUCCUCCGGCCACCAUCGGCCCCAGCGCAACCAUCAUCGCGACUCAAUCUGCCAUUGGUACUGCGACCGAGCAGCCGAAUCUCGGUACCCUACCGCCAUUCGCCGACGUAUCCUCUACCGCAUCCCCAGGCCCUCCGCAACAUCCCGACGACCACUUUGCCCUCGGUGCUAGAAUCGCCCUGGGUGUUGGAAUCACACUUGCUUGCAUCGGUGUGGGUGCCAUGGCCGGCUUCUUGUACUUUAGGCGCCGGAAGAAACAACAGCAGGCCGAGCUGGCCAACGCCAUCGCCGAGCAUGAGUAUAGACAGGGAAGGAGGGGUCCCGAGAAAAAGAUAUUUGGCGGAUUUUCGUCGUCGUCGAAAACGUCGUCGGAUGAUCCUCUAUACGAUACGGUUCAGCCAGUCUUUGACGGAUAUCCUGGAUCAACAGGCUAUGAUGAUGUACGGUCAAACGGUUCCAGCGAUGUGUACGGCCAUUCUCCGGUGAUGCCCCAUUCACCUUCAUGGUCAUACAACCAAGGAUUUCUGGGUCACGAUGCUGCGACAGGAGCUGCGCGGGAGAGGAGUACGGAAAGAGGAGGACUCGGAGUCGGCCUUGGAGUGACGGAAAACCUGAGCAUCACCGGACGAGAACUCGAAGCUGCCCGCGCAAAAACUGUCCAGCCAAUCCCUACGUCAUACGGACCGAACCCCGUCACUCCCACUCCCACGCUAACGCCGCGGGCAAGUUCCAGGGGAGACCUUAACGCACGCGCUGCUGCCGACUCGAUCUCCCUCGACAGCCGGCUUGGAGUACCCCCUAUGCCUCCAAUGCCCCAGCUACCUGCGGCCUCCGCAGCACCUCUCGGGGGCUAUUACCCCGAUUACAACAACUACGAACAGUACACCAUCCCUCCUCCAACUGAAGCUCCAACUCCGACGCCAGUUCUUCCUCUCAUUCCAGUUCCAACUACGUUCCCACACCCGAACCCAACAACCUCACAAUCCCAACGACCAGGACCCCCGUUAAUCGUCUCGUAUGGACCCAACCGGGUAACGCCCACGCCAGCUGUAUUUUCGCCUACCGUACCUCCCGAUGAGUCCAUGAUUGAGAAACCACCCCGAGGAGUUGAAUUACAAGCCGAGCCCGCAUCUCCGAUCGAAAGGAGGCAUCCAUGGGAGGAUAUUGAUCUCCCAAGCGCCAGCAACAACGGUCCCCUACCACCAUACGCAUCGACAGAGGAGUACGCUGCAAUGGAAAGCGGCGCGAUCCGUAAGCUGGAGGAGCCAAGGGCGCAUGCUGAGCUGCCACCAACCAAGGAUGGCUAUUACCAUUCUACAUACGACAUUGUUGAGCACGAACUGCCGGGUAACGGGUAUCAACGAGACCCUCUCUACCUGCAAGGUGGGCCAUCCGCGUCAGGACGUGGUAGGGAUAUCGAUGAGCAAAAAUUCCUGUUGGAUGAUGUUGAGAUGGCGCACUUGAAGGCGCAGAAAGAACGAAUACGCGCCGAGAUGAAGAAGAAGCAGAAGCAGAAGGAGACUUAUCAGCAUGAUCAGGGGCAGGAUCAGGACUUACCUGUAGCGUCGGCGAGCUUCUCCACACGGUAACACUGGGGAGAAUGUGUCGGCCCAUGUGAAGGGAAGAUACGCCGCGGGCAACUGACAUUAGGAGGCGAAAGUUUGAGGAUUGGCAUUAUACCAUUGGCAAGGUGUCUGGCGUUUAUUUUGGGUAUGAACGGGGCAGAUGACUCUUCUGCAUUAUCAUCACAUAGCACGGGCUGGUAAUCUGCGUUAACAAUGACAGAUCAUAUGCUCUGGAUAUAUACAACCAUAGUCCUAUUGUUGUAAGGAAGAAGUAGGCCUUGUUCUGUUCACAACUGCAUGUUGGAUGUUUUUCUAGUGAUUCGAUAUUUUCAGAGUCUCCAAAGCCCAGCUUGAAAUCGUCAGGGCCUUUUUUUGUACAGUAGUGGUACGUACUCCGUACCUGUGACCCCUCAGCUGCCGACCAGCUGCCACUGAUAAGGUCUCCCAAUCCUCCAAUCAUGUUGACCGCCCGGCAGAAAAAGUUAC